UUCAAAUACCAUAUCAACUUAAGAAUUUGUCUCGAAAACGUAUUAAAUAUUUUCUUAUGGUACUGUUAUAACUCUCAGAUACAAUUGCAUAACGGUUUACUCUGAUCAUUGUAAAAACACAUAGGUUUAUGGGUCUGAGGGAAAACCCCUUUCCCAGCCUCAUCCGAAAAGUGUUGACUACUGUUGUAGUGAAGUAACGAAAGCUGUUACAAAUUAAUUACAUUAAAACGUACAAUAUAUAAAAUACACAAAUAACUAACUUUUCUUUUACAACAAUAUUAACAUAUUAUAAUCUUGACUAUGUAUUUGAACAACUUGAAAUAAAUGCUUUACAAAAAAUACUAUAAUUUACAUACAAAACGUUAAACCAGUGUAUCAUGUAAUACCGAUAACGCCUCUGUAGACCUUAUAUAUAUAUAUAUUUAUUCCUUGUUCUGAAAUUGAUCCACGAGUAUGGAGUCAAAAAUCUAGAAAAUAUGUAAUAUUUAUAUCGUAUAUUAAUAUUUAUCACCUAAAAAUACUUUGGUCUUUCAGUAAAUCGAAUUUACAUAUUGUGGUACCAUGACCGACAACCAGCACAUAACAUUUCAGGCAAUAAUCUUGUUUGUGCAAACUACGAUGAAUUCUCUAAGCAACUUUGUUAUAAUUGUGAUCUGGAUAUACGAUUUUGAUUAGAUUCGCUAGGAUGUUAAUUUUUUUUUUACUUUCGAAAUCCACAUAGAUAGUCGUAUAGUUUCCCAUUAGCAUCUUUUCACAAUUGACUGUAACCCCUUGAAGGUUUUUCUUUACAUUUUAGAAUUUGAAUACGUUGUUUUUGAAUGACUUAUUUGGUUGAUGAGCCCCCCCCCCCCCUCCAGUAGGUCUGACGAGUUGUAACGCUAGAAACCGAGUUUCAAUACCCGUUGUGGGCAUAGCACAGACAGCGCACUGUGUAGCUUUGUGCCUAAUAAAAACAAAAACAAAAAACUUGUUAUAGUAAUUUGUUAGUGAAUUUCACACUUACUUUAUAACCUUUUACAGUAUAAUAUGCACCAUGAAAAUUGCAUGUGGAUUAAGUGUUUGGUAAGUUCCAAAGUAAUAGGAAUGGUUUGUUAAAUAUUCUGUUAAUAGUUUUCACAACCCACUGUUCAUAAUUCCAGCUGCUUUGUAGACUUUUCCUACAAUAUAACUCAAGUUUCUGGCUAUUAUAUUGAAGUUAGAAUAUCUAGAAGCAAGUUUAAAAAUUGCCUUCUGUGACAAUCAAAACCCACUGACUUCCUGGGCCGGUAGUUUUAAGAUUGACAUUUAAAGGUCAUAAAUGAUGCUGAUAGAAAUGGUCGUUUUGCACGUUUGAUUUCUGAUAGUUGUGAAAUUUUCUGAUGAUAGAUUUGUUAGUCUGGAAACAGUGAUUGGCGUUGAUGACAAAAUAUAAAAUGGGGUGGUAUUAAUAAAGAACAAAUACUUACAGAUUUUGCUUCAUUUCUUUGACUUUAAAAUGUUUUGCUCUUAUUGUUUUCUUAAAACAACAUUACUUUGUUUGACAAUGAAGAUAAGCCAUUAGUGAACCGUCAACCAUACAAACACGUAAUCACAGUCUUUUGAUCAUCAUGGUCUUUUUUUCUAUCUAACAUACCCUCACGACCUCUGGCUCGCCUGUUCAUUACUAAGAGAGAAAGUAUAGUUUAUUUGUUGACAUACAGCUUACAGUAGACAUAUGUGAAAUUGGUAUAUGAUAACACAUGGCUUAUCAAACUAGCACAGGUAAUACAUGGUAACAAAUGCUUAUGCUUGAAUUGGAACAGGUUGGUUUAGGAAACAAGCACAGGUAGUAUAUAGUAACACAUGUUUAUACUUAAACUGGAACAGGUUGGCUUAGGAAACAAGCACAGGUAGUAUAUAGUAACACAUGUUAGUGCUUAAACUAGAACAGGUUGGUUUAGGAAACAAGCAUAGGUAGUAUAUAGUAACACAUGUUAGUGCUUAAACUAGAACAGGUUGGUUUAGGAAACAAGCAUAGGUAGUAUAUAGUAAUUCAUGUUUAUGCUUGAACUGGAACAGGUUGGUUUAGGAAAGAAGCGCAGGCUAGGUGUUGUUUUUUCAUUAUUUUUUUGUUGUUGUACUCACGGACAACAAAACCUUUCAGAUUUGGACAAAGGCUAAUCCUGCUCUUCUACAUACACUGUUUAGCCAACGAUAACUAGGUCUGUCGACAAUCUUUAUCUUUUUUCAACGGUAUCAUGUUCUUUGAAUUAAGAAGAUGUUUUAUUUUGUUACAAUAUAUUCUAAAGAUUGUUAACUGUGGUCAUUUCACGCCAGAGGCUGAUUUAAAGAUUUCGUAAUGAAUUUUGCUUUUAUAAUUGCCAAGAUCAUACUCAGCUCCCUUGAAUUUACCCAGAAAGUAUGAUUGUAGAAUAUAAUAAGUUUUUGGCUAUCAAGGGGCAGUUUUUUUCCCUAGAAACUUGUUCGUUUAGUAUAUUAGUGAAAUCCUCGCGAUUGUUAUUGGUCAUUUUCUUUUCAUUUGGAAGUGCUUCACAUUGAACAGCAAUAAAGUUUGCGACAUGAUUUUAAAUGUAGAUACUUAGGUUAUUUUCAAAGUAUUUUCUAAAUGCAGAAUUCCAGUAUUGUCGAAGAUAAGUAUAAAAAUCUUCAAAGAUAUCCGUGCUAGUAGUUUCCAAUAAUUCUUCCACGUUGACUUUAAGAAUCUUAACGCCUUUUUAUUGACCCUCACAUUCUUUUACAUACUGUUCUACAUCUUUAAGGAUACGAUUAAGGCACGGAUCGUUGUAAAGCUUGCUGGUUAGGGCACUGGACUCGCAAUCUGCGACUCCGGUUUCGAUUCCCGUCACAUAACAUGUUCACCUUUUCAGCGGUGGGGCGUUAUAACGUAACGUAAAGAAUAGGUCAAGAGUUUAUGGUAUUGAAUACUAGUCCUGAUGAAGCAAAAAUAGCGAAACGUUGGCUAAAAUAAAAAGUUUUAUGUUAUUAUCUGAAGAGUGAAGUUAAUUUUCUUUUUUUAACUUUGCUUUAUCUUCUAUCUCAAAAGUGUAGAUUUUUUUUUGAAACAAGAUUAAUAUUGCUUGUCUUUAGACUUCACAGGGAAACCAUCGAUGAAACGUAUAUAUAUAUAUAUAUUUUGGAUUUAUGCGUUUUUACUUCUGGUUUUCAAAUCACAACGGUACUUCCAUGUGCUUGAAAAGUCCUAAUUAAAUUUUAAUACAGCUUUCUACGGAUAUAUACAGGUAUUGGACAAAAAAUAGAAACACUCAGUGGCGCAAGCAGACCUCAUGAGUCACGUGGGGCAAGAUUACUUGGAAGUCCCUAACCACUGUUGUUAACUGUUGUGUGGAUCCCAAGGGGCUGGGAGGAGGGACAUGUGGACUUGAUCUAACUAGCAGGAUGAUAGUUGCGCCUAUUGAAGUAGAUUAACAACGUGUGGUUCAAUCUUUGGCCGUUAGAGCUGCUUCAGUUUUUUAUACUAGAGUAUUUGCAUGUUAUUCUUACAUUUACCAAAUGAGACUUAUGGGAUAAUCGCUAUGCUGUAAUAACCUUUGAUAUUGUUCUCCUUACAAAGCGAAGAAGUCAUGCAGUUUGGGUCACUAAAGAUCCUUUUAUUCAGACUUCUAAGUUCUGUCUUCUUGACAAUUAACGUGGCAUAGAGCUUACAUAUAUUUAUAUAAUACAGCUUGCUUGGUUUGCUUUAUUAUAAGGGCAAAGCUAAGCUAUGGGCUAUUUGCGCUGUAUCCACCUCAGAUAUCGAGCCCCGAUUUUUAGCGUAUAGGCCCUGAAGCUUAUCGCUUGAGCCACUGGGGGCAUAUAAUACAAAUUACCUUUCUGGGAGGACAUUUUAAUAAUUUAAUCAAUCAGCUGAGGCUAUGGCCAGUUUAACAUCUGGAGAAGAAUGAACAUAUCUUACAAUAGGUGUUCUUUUUUUUCCAACUCGUACACUGUUUUCUUAUGAGUUUUGUCUACUCUUUAUAAGAUAUAUUUUUACAUCUACAUUUAUUUUUUCUUAAAGUUAAGAAAUAAUUAUCUAGCUUUAUUUGAACAAAGCAAACUACUAAAAACAAGCCAUUUAAUUCUCUUUUAGCUGUUGCUAGAUCUUUUAUAGUAUAUACAUAUAUUAUUCUGUGACAGAACUUUUAAUUUAUUUUUAGUACCAAAUCAUACUCUAUAGGUGAACAUCCUGGCAUAGUUGGUUACCAAAAUGGCUUCAGUUAGACAUAACCUCAAGACCUUUUAUUUGGCAGACAGAUGACGGUAAUUUUGAGUAAAAUCAGAAACAAAGAAGGCUCGAAGCCAGAACGUUAAUAAUGUUUACCAAAAAAAAGAAGCAUAUUCCUCCUUUCCAAAAAUUAACGUUUUUGGAAAAAAAGGACAAAUAUGCAUUAAAAGUUUUUAAAUGAAGGUAGAGGUCAAGUUAUUAUUGUAUUCAAGAUGAAAGAAAUGCUAAAGUUUUUUUGGCAAAAUUAAUAAUUUCUAGUUGUUUCUAAGAGCGUCAAGUAUUCUGAAAUCCAUCAAACAGCUGAUAGGCUAUUUAUAUCUAAUUUAAAAAAAAGACGUUCUUACGUCAAGGACUACCCAAAAUAAACGUGGUAUAACAGGGCUGCAGUUAACGAAGGCUCUCUAAAAGACUGGAAUUUGCGACGCAAUUUCACCACCACCAUCAUUGAAGUACAACGAUACUACGUACUUUCGUUUUGUUACACAUUCUUUGAAGCAUUACAAGUUAGGAACACUUUAUCAAGAGGUUUAUCUUAGCCCAUUUUUAAAUACUAUUCACUUUUAAAGUGAAAGUUUCUUAAUUUACUUCGUUAGUCGCUUACUGUUCAAAAAGUUCAUCUUUUACUGUUCUCGUAGACAGCUUAUUGGCGAGCUUAUUUGAGUGUAGUAAUCCACCAUAAUUACUACACUGUAACAAAGAAACUGAUGUCGGUUGGACCAACAUUAGCCUCAAUACCAGUUAAUCCUAUUGGUAUUAUGGCUGGAAAAGCUGUAACCAAAGUGGUGAAAAGGUGUCAGUACGCUAAGGAAGAACAAAACCUUGAUCUUUCGGAAUGUCAACUUAUGUCCAUUCCCGAUGCUGUAUACCACUUAAUGAGAAAUACGGUCAUUCUUGCUUGUGAUCUUUCUUCCAAUGUGUUGAGGAAGAUUCCUCCAAAAUUUGCUAUCAAAUUCACAUAUAUCACAGACCUCAACUUGGCAAAUAACAGACUGAGUUCUCUUCCAGAAGAAUUACGCGACCUCAGCAAUUUGAAACGAUUAGAUAUUUCGCAAAAUGAUUAUAUGUUAUUUCCAAAGGUGGUCUUCAAACUACCGAACCUUAUUUUUUUGAACGCGCAAAAAAAUCACAUUACAAGCAUUGACGUUGAAAAACUGAAAUCCAUCCGUUCAUUAAGAGAAGUGAACUUUGAAGAUAACCCUCUGACAAAUGUAUCUCGUGAACAACUCAAAUCCAUGGAGUCUGUUGUGGUGACUGUUCACGUUAACCCACCCGUGGACGAAGAUUCCGAGGAUGAUAUUAUGAAUUUGGAGAACGUUUCGCCAUCUGGUGGUGAAAACAGGCAGUAGGUUCUUUCAUUUUUGAAAGAGAAACAAGAUAAAUGAAAAUAUGUUUAUUUUCCUUUUAUUUAAAAUAUUUUUAUAACUAUUCAACUUUACGUGCUAAACGCGUUUUAGAUAAUUUUCAUAGCAUGUCAUUGUACUGCUGAUUAGAGGCAAGUAACUUUAGCGUCAUAUAUGUUGUUUUUUCUUAACAUAACUGUACGGAAAAACAUAUCAUAUAUGUAUAUAUGCGAGUAUUUGUUGACAGUCGGUGUAUUAGAAAGGUAAAAAAUGCAAAUAUUAAUAUAUUUAUGCUCAAAUCGAGUAUUUAUUGGAGUGAUACCUCAAUGAUAAAAUUUAAAACAAGUCAUCACGGCUUAGGUUGAUACACGAUAUCGCAAUUAUUCGAAUAAAAUAUUACAGAUAUAAUUUAUGUUCCGAAUAUUUAGUUGAAAUUAAUUAGCUACUUAUAAUACCACAGAAUAAACGUUUUGUAACGUAAUUAUGAAAUAUUAUAUUUUACUGCAAAGGAAUCGAUUUCAUUACUUAGCAUAAUUUAUGGUGAACUAGCAACUUAAAUAAAAUAAAGCACCCCCCCCCCUCCCCACGGUGGUUCAGGGGGAAGUGUGAGGCCUUAUAACGCUGAAAUUUAGGUUUCGAUACCCACGAUGGGCAGAGCACACAGAUAGUCCAUUGUGUAGCUUUGAGCUUAACAAUAAACAAACAACCAUAAAACGAAAGGCAGUGAGCAGAAAAUUAUAUGGUGCAUAUUAAAAUACAUAUAUAUAUAAUGCCAACUGUAUUAACUAAAUUAGGAAGUUUUUUGUUUUUUUUGUAUGAAUUUAAAUGUGUGUCCUGUUUGGUAGAACAGUUUGAUGAUAACAGUUUUGUAUAUAAGAAAUGUCUCUUUGAAUGAAAGUGAGAAAUAAAGAUAUAAAAAUGUC